UCUUCCACGUGGCUUUGUUUGUAAACAAAAAGUGCCCUCUUUCGGUGUGUAUGAAAACGCGGGGAAGUGGCGCAAACAUUUGAGAUGUCCGCAAAAACAAAGUCCGAAGUUCUUUCUGGGUUUAAAAUGCAUGGUCUAACUCUAAGGAGUGAGGCCAGCAAGUAUCUUGUUGAGGUGUUUAACCAUGUCGACAACAGCCAGCGUGAAGAUUGCCUUGACAGAAUCAUUGAGGCAGUACAGAGACAGCAGUUGAAAAGUAGUAUGAUCGAUAAAGCAACUUGUGAAGCUGCUGUCCAAGAGUGCAAUGCUGACGAGGAUGAGGACAGUGGAAACACUUUCUCAGUGAUUGAUGCAUUUGAAGUGCCAAGGUUCACAUAUGCCAUUGAUAGGAAAAAGUUUAUACCUUCAAGUUCUAUGGGUAUGAAGCCUCCUCAUCUCCACAGUGAUGCUGAAGCAAAGUGUUCACUAUUCAGAGAAAGAUACACAACAUUACAUCAGAGGACAUCCAGACAUGACUUAUUCACUCCGCUGGUUCUUGGUGUAGCUGACCAAACAAAGAAAUUUCAGUUGAAACCAGUAGAGUUUUUACUUGGGAGUACAGUAAAGUUAGGAGAUAUCAUUGUGUUGGGGAUGCUGACUCAACUCAAAGAGGGCAAGUGGUACUUGGAAGACACUACAGGCUGCGUCCAACUUGAUCUGACGAAUUUCCAUAAUGGCCUUUUCACUGAGAACUGUUUUGUGCUAGCAGAGGGAUGGUAUGAAGAUCAGAUAUUUCAUGUCAAUGCCUUUGGAUUUCCUCCUCCAGAACCUGCAAAAACAACAAGAUCUUAUUUUGGAAAUACAAACUUCUUCGGGGGACCCGGUGCUGUCUCAUGUAAAGCCUCCGCAAAGUUGAAGAAAAUAGAGGAAGAAAACGAGGAAGCAAUGAUGGUUUUCUUAUCAGAUGUCUGGCUUGACCAGCCAAAGGUUUUAGAGAAACUACGGACAUUGUUCAUGGGCUAUGCUGAGAUGCCUCCAACAUGUUUCGUUUUCUGCGGCAACUUCACAUCAAAACCUUAUGGAGGAGAGCAUGCAAAAAUCUUCACAGACUCAUUAAAAAAUCUUGCCAAGGUGAUAGGAGAGUAUCCCACUCUAACUCAGACCGGUCGAUUUGUGUUUGUCCCUGGACCUCAAGAUCCGGGCCAUGGAACCAUUCUCCCAAGACCUGCAAUACCGUCAUGCUUGACCACAGAAUUCAUGAGAAAGGUGCCAAAUGCUCUAUUCACGAGUAAUCCCUGUCGGAUCCAGUACUGUACCCAAGAGAUUGUGAUAUUCAGGGAGAACAUUGUGACCAAGAUGUGCCGAAAUUGUGUCCGAUUUCCAAAGGAUGGUGACACACCAACUCAUUUCACCAAAACCAUAAUCUGCCAGGGCCAUCUCUGCCCGCUUCCUCUGCACGUGAUGCCCCUCUACUGGCAAUAUGACAACGCUUUACGGCUAUACCCUCUUCCCGACCUCAUUAUCUGUGCUGACAAGUUCGAUCCUUUUAGUGUCACGCAAGUGGACUGUACAGUUGUCAAUCCGGGCUCAUUCCCAAGAAGUGACUUCGCAUUCAAGGUGUACAUUCCAGCCACACGUCAAGUAGAGGAGAGUAGGAUUGAGGACUGAGCCAGCUCAUUUUGCGGUACAAUGCAACACGUCUACUAUGGAAAGCAAUGCAGUUUCCGAAUCCGACAAAGAGCUUCACACUUUGCUAAAAUCGACAUUUCAGACAGGACAGUUCAACUUGAAAAAUUGAUACACAUGAUAUGAUGUGAAAUGGUAAAAACCGGAUUGUUUGCAAUUGACUGACGAUGGAGUGCCGAAUAAACUCGGUAAAAUGUGAAUCUUGUGCAAUUGACUAACAAUGGUGUGCCGAAUAUACUCGGGUCAGAAACUGCCUGGAGCCUCAUCUUGUAAAACAAGCAUGGGCUUUGAUUAGGCAUGUUUAUAUCUGAGUUUGAAUCUUUAGACAUUACAUAUGAUCGGAGUUGCUUCGAUUUCUAGAAAGCACAAUUUAGAUAUCCUUGACAUAAUUAAUCACAAUACCCUGAAUUCAAUGUGGUGAGAAUACUUUGGCUAUCGUCCAGGUCUCCAGUGUGGCCUUGAUACUAUGUCAACAAGAGUUGUUAAGAGGACAAGAGUUGAAAAAGUACAUGCAUAUAUAAGUUGGGGGGAUGGCCAGAGUUAUUUGUGAGUGCACUUUCGUCAUCAUGUUGAAAAUGGCGUACUCUUCAACACUAUUAUAAAGCUGGUUUAGGGGCAUCUCUUGCACAUAGGGCUAUAACAUAUACGAUUGGCAUUUUGUACAGGAACCCUCUACCAGCUUCAUUGCGUUGACACAUUUCGACGUAGGGAGCAAGGGAAAGUGUUCCCCACCUCCACCACUUGUGUUUUGAGUAGGCCCUCAUAACAACUUUUUUCAGUGAUGAAUUGAACGUGGCCCUAUUGCUAAAUGCUCAAAAUCAUGAGAUGUUGAAGAGUAGGACUGGUCAAAGUGACUGAUUCUGCGAUGAUAUGAUCUCGACUGUCACCGAUUAGGAAGUAGGCUUUUGAUAAAUCGCUGCAGAUGGAGCUGCUAAUAGUUGUGGUGAUGAUGAUACCGGUUAUGAAAAUAAUGAUUAGAUCUUCUACCUACUUCAUAUAUCACUGCUAUUCAUCAUUGCAUACUUGAGGGUCAUCAACAUACUCCCUCCAUUGCACUGUGCUUUUCGUCCGCGUGCAGUCCCUUUUUGCCAAAACCAAUUGGCUCAUGCUUGCUGCAAAUGUACCAGAAAAAGAGAGGAGCCAUAAAUACUUAGAUAACCGUCUUUAUGGUAAUUAUGUGGCAUUUAUGAUGCUUUCUUACAAUCAAUAAUGCCUGAGUGACUCCAGAUGCAACACCACCUUGGUAUAGUUGCACCAUCUAAUGCUAUAAAAAGUAAAUAUCUCCGCUCUGGGGAUAAAAGUAUUGAUUCGUUCACUACCUGAUGCAUGCUUCUUUAGAAUCUGGUGAUAUAUGAAGACGGUAGACUGCUCAGAAAAAAUGAUACUGUAUAUUAAUGCACUUGGUGCAAGGCCGUUGGGUUAGUUAAUUUGUUGAAUUUAUGUGGUGAUGUUUUUUUGUGCAAAUUGAUUUUUUGGUAACUGUUAGUCUAUGCUACAAUAUUGUAUCAGAUAAUCACCCUUAUGUGAAUAGCCUUAUCUUUUUUUUUUAAUUGGCAAUAAAUUUCCCACAAAAGUGAUUGCGACAUGUUUUAUUUGUUGCUGCCUGUCUUUUACUGCCAAACAUCAAGCUUUCGCUAGUAGAUAUUGCAUAUGUGCCAUGUGCAGUCUCUCUGUGGGUUAACUAAAUUGGAAAUGAAAACACCACAUCCACAGGUCUGUCACUCAAUAUCCGUGGCAGGUGAAGGUAUCAGUUAACCUAUUGCAACACCAUAGAAACAAGGCAUGUUGGAAGGUCACAACGGAAUUAUAUAGAAAUGUGUGGUCUUACACCCCUCAAAAUGAAUUAGGCUUUUGUUGGGUUUUUUUCUGUCAUCAAUGCCUCUCCAGGUAGGCACAUAUUUUUUAGGCAGACUGAUACGUUUACCCACUGUGAUACCCCUGAUAUAAAGUAUUGUAACAUCAUACCAGAUAUGGCUUAUUUCUUUAUUCUGCCAGUGCAUUCUGUUCACCUCAGACUCGUCUGUGUCACCUCAAGGUUACUUGCAUCUGUGUACAAUCAUCCAGUGUUCUGUGUGGAAUGCACAGUGCACACAUGUAAUCGCUUUGAACUAAGCUGACAGACUUUGAGUGUCAUUCAACUGGAUAUUGCACUUGAUGUGCUGACAUAACUUGUGUAGUAACCUGUCUUGUGAAUGUGUUAUUGCCUGUACAAUCUAAUUAUCAGCAUACAUCAGUGACGGCACCCAUCAAAAGAUUGGAAUCCCAAUAUUAUUGGGUGAAAAGGGUGGAACAGCAAGAAAACUGUAUUGCGUGUAGAAUCUAUUUGUAAUCAUUUGUACAAUGUCAUCGCCCACAAUGUUCAGCUAUUUUCCUGUCAUUUGUGCUAUAAAACCAUCUCAACUUUGCCAGAAUUUUCUGUAUGCUGUUGUACAUAAAUGUACAAUGAUAUCUACUCUCGUGAUCACAAGUGUUUGCUGUGGCCAAAAUGGCCUGUAUCAAAAUAUUUCAACCAAAUCUCACAAAAUAUGUUGUAGUGAGAAGUGACCUAUUUUGCUCAAAUGCUGCGAAAUCACACUUUGAUUUGAAAGAGGCCAUUUUGGCUACAUCGGUGGCUUAUCAUCUAGAGAGUAGUAGCAAGUGUGAGAUCAUGUAAAUACAUGUAUAUCUGUAAACUUCCAAAUAAUCAUUCACCUGUAUGGUUCCUGGGACAAUAAAAUGCUUCAGAAAUAUUUUAAGAA